GAAAUGAAGGUCAAAUAAAUAAAACUCUCCUUAUUAAUCAUUCUACCUGAAGGGGGUUAACGACUCGUUCCAAGAUCUUAAUACCCGACCAAUUAUUAUCCAUCUGCCAAUUUGUUUGCUGUCCAUAGAAAAGCGCCAAACGCGUUGGGCUUCUUCAAUAAUUUGAUAGCUUGUGCUUCGGCGUAGAGAAGUACCAUAUUCACCGCCGGGAUUAGCCUCGACCUACUUCAACAGCCGCUGCCGCCGUACGAUCGACCGUGUAUGCCAAUCGUCAUUGUUGGCUCGUUCGUGUGUUUAAACCUACCCUACUCUCCCUCUCUUCUCCAAACUCGCACUGACAGAUGUCGUUCUGGUAGAACUUGUUUACCUACACUUGCGCAACAAGUCAACAACCGGGGCUAGCCCCUCACGAACCUUUGGGAUACAGAACUUCGGCAGAUCACAUAGGAACCAUUGGCAAUUUCCAUUAUCUUUCAUGAAAACCUACCAACAUCGCACUAUCAAUUUACAUCCAAGGAAUUCAAGCUACACCAGGAGGGUGCUAUUGGAGGUUUCCAUCUGCGUAUCAACAAACCGUUGCAGUUGAAUAUCCAUUAUCGUAUUUGGUGCCAUUCAGCGACAAACGGGAGUUAAGCCACUGCUAUCGAGUAAUUUGCCGCAGUCUUUAUAGCCUCAUCAAAAUAGGAUCGGCGUAUUCACCACAGCAACUCAAGUGACGCGACCUUUUGACUUUGAAAUUAGAAUUGUUGGCGGACAAGAACAAGGGAGCCCACAAAUCGACGACAUCCAAAGCGUAUCAAAUAAUAGAGAUUUUGUGUCUUUUGCAUCUUCCUGAGAGUAGUUUUCCAAGAUGAAAGGUUUCAGACAGAGGGUUCUUUCGCGCUCAAAAGAUCCAAACAAAACAAAAUCUAAGAAGGGGGAAUCAUCAAAGGAUGGCACAUCUUCACCUUCGCAAUCCAAUUCACAAGGAGCCGGACAAUCGCCUGCAGUAACACCCUCAUCUUCGAGUACGACGCUUAAUGAUUUGCGAAAUAAACCACUGCCUCCUAAUGAUGGUACAUCUUCAGCCGGUGUAGUUGUGCAACCACCAUUGAACCCGGCAGCUCUUGGUGCAAUGUCUGCCCCGGAUCGAUUCAACACAGGAGGAGGUUCCCCCAGUCCUGGGACACCAAAUCGUCAUGGGGCACUUCCUCCUAGUGUCGUUAUCAGUCCAAGUGCACCACACAUCCCUCCUCCAGGUGCUGCAGAAACAAUGCCGCAUGACCUCGCUCCCCCCAAGGCUGGUGCGAAGUCAUCAAUGUUCGACCGGUUACAGACAACUCCAAAGGAUGUCCCAGAAGGCAUUAGAACACCAAAGCGACAACAUUCUUCGAGAUUCGAUAUUUCUCCCCUCCGCGAAUUGGAAAAGCUGCCAGGUUUCCACGAGGUACCUCCCAAUCGCCGCCAAGACCUCUUUAUGCAAAAGAUUGAUCAAUGUAAUGUCAUAUUUGAUUUCAACGAUGCAAGCGCGGAUAUGAAGUCCAAGGAAAUUAAGAGACUAGCUCUUCAUGAACUUCUUGAUUACGUUGCCAACAAUAGACAAGUCAUCACUGAGGCUAUGUAUCCAAAGGUGGUCGAGAUGUUCAGUAAAAAUCUUUUCCGUCCAAUACCACCUCCUAUGAACCCUCAAGGAGAAGCUUUCGACCCCGAGGAAGACGAACCAGUUCUUGAGGUUGCUUGGCCACAUAUUCAAGUCGUAUAUGAGUUCUUCUUGAGAUUUAUUGAGAGUCAAGACUUCAACACCAAUAUUGCGAAGGCAUUCAUAGACCACAGUUUUGUAUUACAAUUACUUGAACUCUUUGAUUCGGAAGACCCCCGCGAGCGAGAUUUCUUAAAGACAACCCUCCACAGGAUAUAUGGAAAAUUUCUCAACCUCCGGUCAUACAUUCGAAGAUCUAUUAACAACGUAUUUUUCCAAUUUGUUUAUGAGACGGAACGUUUUAAUGGUAUUGCUGAGCUAUUGGAGAUUCUUGGGUCUAUUAUUAACGGUUUUGCUCUUCCAUUAAAGGAAGAGCACAAACUGUUUUUGACAAGAGUCUUAAUACCAUUACAUAAAGUCAAGAGUCUGAGUAUGUAUCAUCCUCAACUUGCAUACUGCAUUGUUCAAUUCCUGGAAAAGGAUGCAGCUUUAACAGAAGAGGUUGUUUUGGGCUUGCUCCGCUAUUGGCCUAAGGUGAACAGCACGAAAGAAGUCAUGUUCCUUAACGAAGUGGAGGAUAUUUUCGAGGUAAUGGACCCAGCAGAAUUCGCUAAAGUUCAGGAGCCUCUUUUCCAUCAACUGGCAAAAUCAGUUGCGAGUCCACAUUUUCAAGUUGCAGAACGUGCGUUAUACUUCUGGAAUAACGAAUACUUUUGCAACCUGGUCAGCGACAAUGUUGAGAUAAUCUUACCAAUUAUGUUCGCACCAUUAUAUGAGAAUUCCAAAGGCCAUUGGAACAGAACGAUCCACGGCAUGGUUUACAACGCAAUGAAGCUAUUUAUGGAGAUCAACCCUCAGCUUUUUGAUGAUUGCUCUCACGAUUACACCGAGCACCAGAACAAUGCUGAAGCUAGAGAACAAGCCAGAGGAAACAAAUGGAAAGCUUUGGAGGAACAAGCAGGAAGGUCGAAAACUAAUGGAGCCGCCUUACCUACAGGGCCAGCUUCUCCUUCAAGAACCAAAGCAACCCCUUUACGAGCAGAUGAUGUAGAUCCGAUGACAGAGGACAAUCAGAAGAGGCUAGACUCCUUGAAACUUCAAGAUGGAGAUCGUCGAGAGCGAAGACCCACUCACGAUCGACAAAACUCGGUAGGAUCUUCCAGAAGCCAGCGAUGAUUGUUGUUAGUACCAUGCCGCUUUGUUUCUGCUUUCAAGGAGCCUUGCUGGGGGAGUGAGGAGUUGUCAUUUGUCCUGAUUAGAAUUUUUGGCUCACGCGUACCAUGUCUUCAUUAUCUUCGUCCUCUUCGCCUUCCUGUCCAUUAAUCCUCUCGCCUGCAAGCAUGUUUAUUCAUCCCUAUACCUACACUUAAUUAUUUCUUGUUUGGUCUCGUUUGGUCUCGUUUGCUCAGAGUUCAUUCGUUGACUAAAUACGUUUUCAGAGCAAUUCCAUGUCGGGUCUCGAUUUCGGUUUCGAUACGGAUGCUAAUCGUUCCGUGAGCGGCACCUCUACAACUGCGGUUGUCGGACUUGUUUCGUCAUCUACCUCGACGGUGCCGAAAAAGGAAUUGGAUGGUGAUCCAGAAACGAGCGAUCAUUCUUUUAUCGACGACCAAGCUAGUCUUCUCUCUUGAGGUUACGGGUGGAAGAAAAAUGGUCAAAUUAUGCAGAUCAAUUUGGUUAGGCUGGGAUUGGUGUGGCGGGAUCGGUGUGGUACCUGGAUGAUUGAUAUUGGUUGUGGCUAUGGGUAGGGAGGAAAGGGACUUGAAGCAGAAGAUGAGUGUUGUGGAUGCACAGUAGUAGGAUGGGGUGCUUUUGAUAGGAAAAUAAACAGGAAUAUAAGCAUGUAUGUAUGUCUACAUGCGUGCAUGGAAUGGGCUUGGGAUUGCAAAACUUUUAGGAAGGAGUAGUGCAUUGGUAGUGCAAUUCAUCGGUACUAGCAUGAAAGUAAAUCAAUGAGAAUGAGUUAUAACUAAA